CUCCUAUGUCUCCAGUCCAGCCUCCCUAACACACGUUCCAGACUUCCUAUUCCGCCCGACCUGCCUAUCUGCGAAGCGGAACUGCAGAAGCGAGUCAAGCGACGAAGACACGAAGCCCUCCAGCUGCCCAGCCGACCUACGCUGCCUCCCGCCGUCGAGGGUCCUGCGUCGACCGUCGUACAUUGGCUUGCCUCGGGACUCCAACUUCAAGCUCUCUGCCUCUCUCCGACUGACCAGGGCCGGCCCAAAGGGAGUGUGGGCAGCCCAAACGCACAUGACCCGAAAAGUCUGAGGGCCCAAAAAAAUAGUACUCCCUCCAUCCUACUGGAUUUUGACAACUUUCCUUUUUCGUUUGUUCCAAAAAAAUUUGUCACUUUCCUUUUAAAGCAAUGUUUUUGGAGCUCUGUUCAUUUCUCUCUCCUCUGCACAAACCUCAAUAACACAAAUUUUACUACGUAGUAUGAAAUUUUAUCAAUUCAGGACUCGAAAGAUAGAUGAAUUAUCAAUCCGGGACUUGAAAGAUGAAAUGUAUCGAUAUAAGACCCGAAUGAUGGAAAACUAUCAAUUUAGGACUUGAAUGAUUGGAAAUUAUCAAUUUAUGACCUAAGUUGUCCGAAAUUUUAUUAAUUUUUUUAUCUUAAUUUUUUUUAAUAUUAUUUAGUUUUAUGAAACUAAUAAACUUUUGUGAAGAAAAGUUUAUCAAAAAUUAGCAAUGGAAUUAAUAAAAAAUCAAAUAAAUCAAAACCUAUGAAAUUUUAGGUCCUCAAUUGAUAAUUUUUCAUCAUUCGAGUCGAUAGAUUUCAUCUUUGAAGUCCCAAAUUAAUAAUUCAUCUAUCUUUCGGGUCCUGAAUUAAUAAAAUUCCUUACGGACUAUUCUAAUGUCAACUUGGCAAAGUUAAUAUUACUAAUAGUCUACUGCUCUCUAUUAGUUAGCCCAUUUAGUUAGCCCAAUCACAAAAUCAAAACAAAGGUACGGGAGUGAAGGAGGGCUGAAGGCGUGAAUCCAAGCUGCGAAGGGGAGAGGCCAACUGCGAAACGACGAAGUGCGAAGGCCGAAGGGGCAAAAGGCGUAGCAGCGGUGCAUCCUACGGCGGUGCGUGAACUCCGCUCCAGCCUCCAGUUCUUCACUCUUGAGUUCUUGUCUUCUUCAGUUGAAUUUCUUCACUUCUGCAAAUCUCCGAUCGGUGACUCCACUAGACCACUACUCCAGUCUCCAGGAUCGGCUCUGCGACUGACCGCCUCUGGCCUUCCAGGAGUCUAGCAGCUCCUUCAUGGCGGCAACAAUCAGAUCUCUCCGGCUCCAUUAUAAACGGAACCAAGCCAUUUUUCUCCUGGAUUCUUCUUUUUCUAGUUCGGAUCAACCUCAGCCUAAAUUAGACUACUUGAUGGAUAUCCAAAAGAAACUAGCAAAUUUGCCAAUCCGGAGUGCUCCUCCGACGCCGCAUUCUCCCCCUUCACCUUCAUCUACGAACGUGACAUUUCAGGGCAUGUACAAUCGAAGUUUUGUCUCCCAGGAGAAAGAAUCCAAGCCUGAUGCCUCAAAGCCCGCCACCGUCAAGACGCCUUUUGGGGCUAUCAGUAAGUGUUUGGCUCAGCUCGAGCAAAGUAACCGGGGUGCUGCUCCGGGGAAAAACGGUUUUCCGCGUUCACUUCCUAACUUGAGGUUGAGGUCUGGUGGUAUGAGCAUACAAGAACAGGAUACAAAGGGCGGGAAUAACGUAGGACAUGUGAAAAGUUCAUUUGAACUUGGGUAUAGUCACAAUGAGCUGGGUGAGAAGCUGAGAUUAUUGAGGCCGGAUCAUGGGGGAAAGAAAAAUUGGUUUUCGUUUCAAGAAUUGAAUGAUAGAUUGCUCAAGGUUAAGGAGAUUGCCGAUAAAGAGUAUGAGGCUAAACAGGGUCAAGGUUUUGCAGAUAUGAGAAGAGCUAUCAAGUCAAUAUCAAACUCUCCUAAUGAUGCUAACAAGCAGACUAUUCAGACUUUGAAUUUGUUUGGCUUACAUGGAGAAAGGUUUGAGCACUUAUCAAGUCCUCCCAAGGAGCACUUACUUGAGAAGUAUUUUGAUCCAGCUCUCAUGUCAUCUGCAGAGAAAAUGAAGUUGGAGCUAAAAAAAGUCAGAGAUGAAUUCAAAUUGACAGAGUCUGAUUGUGGUUCUGCUCGUGUUCAGGUUGCUCAACUUACAACCAAAAUCAAACACCUGUCAGGUGUUCUUCAUAAGAAGGACAAACAUUCUCGAAAGGGUCUUGAAGCGAUGGUCAAGAAGAGGACAAAGAUGAUGAAGUAUCUCCGAAGGACUGAUUGGGACUCGUACUGCAUGGUGCUAUCUAAGCUUGGUCUUCCUGAGAAAGAGUACUACAAGAGCUAAACCGGCAUAUGGUCAAAUGCAUGUAACGUUUGGAGAUAUGCACUUUUCUGCUGAUUCUCUAUGUUGCUACUUUUCACAUUCCCUCCCUCUAAUGGCGCCAUAAUUACUUCUGUGCUAGUAGUGUAUAAAUGCAUUUGCUGCAUAAUUACAUUAGAAGUACACAUUAUGAGUUUGUCAUGUAUCUCCCCGUUACAAGUUUUUUUAACUGAAAAUAAAGUUGUGCUGUUUCAUUAGCUAGAGUUUCCAUGUUUGGAUCCUGGAAAAUGUUACGGGCGAGACAUCAAAUGCAGGGCAAUCAAUUUUGUUA